UUGGGAAAGACUUUAAGAACCAUGACUUCAAUCCGUUCUAUCAUCCUGUUGCUGUCGCUGAUAAACGCGUUUCCAACAGCGUCCAAGGCUGAAGAUGACACCGAUAACAUGGAUGUCAAUGAAAUGAUUGCAAGGACAAAUGAAAACACAACAUCACACCUGACAUUUGGCGACAUUGCGCCGACUCUGCAAAGGAAUGCUGAUCCCUGCACAGCCACAGGAUGCAAAUGGCCGAAAACGGGAGAUUUUGUCUACAUUCCCGUCGAUAUCUCCCGAUCAUUCUCCUCAGCACAGCGCAGAAUCAUCAUCGAUAGCUUGGUGAGUUUCUACGAAGACACCUGCAUUCGCUUCCAGUGGAGACAUCGGGUUCAUCGAAACUACUUGUACUUCUUCUCAGGAUCUGGGUGUUGGUCGUACUUGGGUCGUCAGUCGAGAGGACAGGCAAUCUCCUUGCAGAGCAACGGCUGUGUGUUCCUGGGCACUGUGCAGCAUGAGAUUCUUCAUGCUCUUGGAUUCCACCAUGAGCAAGUUCGCUCUGACAGGGAUGAGCAUGUCACGAUUGAAUUUGAUAACAUCAUAGCAGGAACUGAAGGAAACUUUCAGAAGGUGAACACAAACAACUUGGGAACUCCGUAUGACUUUGACUCUGUCAUGCACUACAGCAACCGGGCCUUUUCCAAAAAUGGACUACCAACCAUUGUUGCCAACAGCGAUCCUAACCUUAUUUUUGGUCGUGCAAGAGAGAUGAGCAGCAAUGACAUUGCACGUAUCAAUGAGCUAUAUGAUUGUUAAUGAAAAACAAAUGGAGGGAACGUGAUGACCUUCAGAUUCUCCAGCUCUCAUUCCAUCGUUCACACUUUUGAAUAUAAGACAAGGAAAAGGGAAUUCCAGUUAUUCUUUCUGAUCAACUUCUUUAUGCCAUUUUCUUUACAGGUACAUAAGGUAAAGAGAGAAAUAUUAUUAAAAGGCAGUUAUAAUGUUUUUCUUCACUUUUGUCCAAUUACAGA